AUGGACAAAGUAGAGCGAGUGAUGAAGAUGGUAAAGAGGAUGUCACCAAGGAAGAAGAGGAGGGAAGGAGGGGGAGGAAGGGCAGGAGGACCAGGAGAGCUGGAGAGCCCAGAUACCCUGUGUGAUGAACUCUGUCGUUUCAGCCUCUGCAUUAGCGAAGCUCUGCGGGGGGUGACUAUGGUGGAGCUGGUGAAGAAAGAAGGCAGCACACUGGGCCUCACCAUCUCAGGAGGAACUGAUAAGGAUGGAAAACCACGUGUAUCAAACUUACGACCUGGAGGACUGGCAGCCAGGAGUGACCAGUUAAAUGUUGGGGACUACAUCAAAUCCGUGAAUGGGAUCAAUCUGACCAAACUGCGGCACGAAGAGAUAAUCAGCUUAUUGAAAAAUGUAGGAGAGAGGGUUCUGCUGGAGGUGGAGUAUGAACUGCCCCCCACAGCACCAGACAGCACCUCAGGGGUUAUAUCAAAGACAAUUGACAUCUGUUUGCACAAAGAAGGGAACAGUUUUGGUUUCGUCAUGAGAGGCGGUACCCAUGAGGACUGGCACAAAUCACGCCCUUUAGUGGUCACCUAUGUCAGGCCAGGAGGCCCAGCAGACAGAGAAGGUACCCUGCGCCCUGGCGAUCGUCUCCUCAGUGUGGAUGGUGUGCCACUACACAACGCAAACCACAGUGAUGCUCUCAGCGUGUUGGCCCAAUGUGGCCAGGAAGCCCUGUUCCAAAUUGAGUACGAUGUAACUAUCAUCGACUCACUGGCAAAUGCAUCUGGUCCACUGUUAGUGGAAAUAGCCAAAUCUCCAGGAGCAACACUAGGCAUCACGCUGACUUCAGCCAAUCAUCAAAACAAACAGGUCAUUGUCAUCGACCGGGUUAAACCUGGCAGCGUGGUGGACAGAUGUGGAGCACUGCAUGCUGGGGAUCACCUGCUGUCUAUUGAUGGGACAUCAACAGAGCACUGUACGGUUCUGGAGGCAACACAAUUAAUAGCAAGCACAACAGAACUGGUUAAAUUAGAAAUUCUUCCCUCGCAUCAAACGAGGUUAACUGGAAAACAGCAUGACACGGUCAAGGUUCAGAAGUCGGACCAUCCCCACUCCUGGGACCCUUGUGUUAAUUACUGUCCCCCUCCAAACUCCACUCUCUGCAACACAAGUUCGACCCUCAAUAAAUCGUGGACAGCCUCUAACAACAACACAAUCAACAACCUUGACUACUGCAAGUCUCUUGUAUCAGCCAGUUUCUCUCCUGCCUCUACAACCACUUCUGGCCCCAGCAGCCAGAGCUCGAGCACGUUACCCAGGCCCACUGUUCCCAUGAGUCCCCGUAAUUCACUGCUUAAACGGCGGCAGAGAAAGAAAGAGCAUAAGAGCUCCUUGUCCCUGGCCUCCAGUUCGGUGGGUCCAGGUGGUCAGGUGGUUCAUGUAGAGACCAGUGAGGUUGUCUUAACAGGUGACCCACUGAACGGCUUUGGUGUACAACUACAGGGAGGAAUAUUUGCCACCGAAACGCUGUCAGCACCACCACUUAUUCGAUUCAUAGAGCCUGACAGCUCUGCAGAGAGGUGUGGCCUGCUGCAGGUAGGAGACCGUCUUCUGUCGAUCAAUGGAAUCCCCACAGAAGACGGCACACUCGAGGAAGCCAAUCAGCUCCUCCGAGAUGCUGCAUUGACCAAUAAGGUCACACUGGAAAUAGAGUUUGAUGUAGCAGAAUCAGUGGUGCCAAGCAGUGGUACUUUCCACGUCAAGCUGCCGAAGAAAAGAGGAGUGGAACUGGGGCUCACCAUCAGUGGAACACUGGAGCCUGGAGAUAAGCUGCUGGCUAUUGACAACAUCAGACUUGAAAACUGUUCCAAAGAUGACGCGGAGCAGAUCCUCCAGCAGUGUGAGGAACUCGUCAAAUUAAAAAUACGUAAAGAUGAAGACAACUCAGAUGAGCAGGAGACAUCAGGCAGCAUCAUAUACACAGUGGAACUGAAGCGGUACGGAGGCCCUCUGGGUAUCACCAUCUCUGGCACUGAGGAGCCUUUUGACCCCAUCACUAUAUCAGGCCUAACUAAGAGAGGCCUUGCAGAAAGGACAGGGGCUAUACAUGUAGGUGAUCGGAUCUUGGCUAUCAACAGUGUCAGCCUGAAAGGGAAGCCGCUGAGCGAAGCCAUCCACUUGCUGCAGAUGGCUGGAGAGACGGUCACUCUCAAAAUAAAAAAACAGCUUGACAACAUAGAAGACAGGAAGACAGCAGAUGUAGAGGACACAACAGAAAACGAGAUCAGUGACCCUGAGGAGGACGAUUUGACAGACAGCCAACAAACCAACAAGCUAUCAGAGCUCUACUCCACAACAAUACCCAGCGUUGACUCUGCUAUGGAGUCAUGGGAUGGCUCAGGGCUGGAUGCAGGCUAUGGGAGCCAGGGUACAUACACCCAUCAAGCAGCUGGUAUCGCUCUACACCCGCAUGAGUGGCGUAGUGCCAAGCAGCAACGAAGUACCACGCCUCCUCCUGGACGUCGGAAGAACUACCCGUUUAGUGACGGAGGCUUCAGUGAGGAUGACUGGGACAAACCACCAGGAUUUAUUGGCCAGCAACCGGAUGGCAUUCUAUUGGAUCCAGAAGACAGUUUCUGGUGUCAAGCUCUGGAGGACCUGGAGACCUGUGGCCAGUCAGAACUACUAAGAGAAAUAGAGGCAUCCAUCAUGACAGGCACAGCCAUCAGUCUUGGUGUAGAUGGUGUCAACAAGCCUCCAUCUGAGCCCAUACUGACCCACAGCAGGAUGAGCCCAUUGCGGCGAAAUUCUCUCCUGCAUCAAGGCAACUUGCACCACCAAGGAACACACCUCCAUCAGGGUGCCCAUCUUCACGAGGAAGCCCACCUUCAUGAAGAGGCUCAACUUCACCAAGACCCCCAUCUACACGAGGAGGCCCAUUUCAACCAGGAAUUGCACCUACAACAAGGGGUUCACAUUCACCAAGAUAUCCAAUCCCCUCUCCUGCACCAUGAGCCCAAGUCAAAGGCCUCACUGAGAGUAUCAGAGAGGACAUGGGAGUCCCGUCGGAUCAAAGAAGAGAUGCAGGGUAUUCUGUCACCAACACCACUAGAGCUUCACAAAGUAACAGUGAUAAAGGACCCAGAGAGUGAUGACUUUGGCUUUAGCGUGUCAGAUGGUUUCUUGGAAAAAGGUGUUUAUGUCAACAUGAUCAGACCUGAUGGCCCUGCUGACAGAGCCGGGCUUAGACCCUAUGACAGGAUCCUGCAGGUGAACCAUGUAAGGACGAGAGACUUUGACUGUUGUCUGGCCGUACCUCUCAUCACAGAAGCAGGAGACAGACUUGAACUGGUCAUCAGCCGCAACCCACUUGCCAAUGAUGACCCAGAGGACAAUAACAACACUUUAGACCACGCACUUGACCUGUAACACAAAUACAUACACGUGCACAAAACAUACAGAAGACAUAUUGUAACUGGUGAUGAAGCAUAAACUUAUACAUAGUGGAACUGGCCCAAAAACGCAGACACACACUCACUCACACACACACUCCACCGGCUUGCAGUAUAUCUGUUUAAAUACAGAGACUCCUACUGGAACACACAUCCUAACACGUGCAUGCUCACAUAGUCUCCCCAUCCCAUUUACACUGGGUUGAACUGCUUUUACACAGUACGGUCUAUAUGAAAGCAUCACCACAAUACAGAAAAACACACCAAAAGCUCUCCCGAUUACUGGCUGGACUCACAGUGUUGUUUCGAUUUCAACAAUGACUUACUCGGCACUUUAAAUAGCCAUUUUUACUCAUUUUAACCUGCAAUACGGGUAAGAUUAUUUCAGUUUUUAUUGCAAGGCCAUAUGCUCCCAUGAACCUACAGUACUUGCACCUGAGAGAUCUGCCUUAUACAAUAUUGUAAAUGAUUUUACCGGAGAAAAAUUCUCAGUUUCGGGUUUCCAUUUGUUUCACAGAAGGUUACUAAGUACUAACAGAAAACGGAACAAACAGUUCAUAAUGGGAGUGUGUCUAUAAUAAAUGUAGCCAUUUUAGAAUUUCAUAAUGCUGCUAAGAUUCUGCUCAAACACUGCUGCUCACUUGACAUUACCAAGAAAAAAACAAAAUUCUGGAGUGGUCAAGUAUAGCUCUUUUUUUCAAGGCAGACUUCUCUAUUGGAUCUUGCUGCACAUUAUAAUGUCACUUUGGUGACAUCACAACGCUGAUUUAUGAAGAUGUCAUCAGUGAUGCCAUCACAACUGCCAAACUGUUAUUUUGUUUCAUGCUAUCAUAAAAUGAAAGUGAAAGGAGGGAAGGGCGUAAUUUCUGCUCCCAAUGAAAAAUGGUGUCUUAAGUGGAAUUGACCAAUCACGGCUUUUGCUACACCAUAAAUGAGCAUGAGUGGCUGUGCCCCAGAACAAACUGUACUGCCAAACGAAGAACAUCUACCUGCAUUUGAAAUGUACCAAAUGUUAUGACAUUAUCCACUAUAUCAAUAGUUGUCUGAGAUCACUGGGUUCACCUCAUCAUAUUUCAUUGCAAGACUACAAUGUCAAGCAACAGUAGCAUUUCAAAUUCAUUUCAAAUCGCAAAAUUAUUAGAUUUGAGGCUCAGAGUGAUUUAAUGUAACAUCUGUUUGUCUUUAUUGGCAUAUUUGUGUAAGGAUGUGUGCCGCAGAAUAAAUUAACUAGCAGCUAGUUUAAUUUUAAGAUGUUAAGUCUGAUUUAUAUAAUCCAACAACAAAAGGAUCAUUUCACUUACCAGCGACCUCAAAACUAAUAUAUACUGUGAGCCACUGGGACCAUUCUUGGAGAAGAAUGCCUAAGCAGUGAAUAAAGCUGUUCCCAAUAGCAGGCAGUGUCAACACAAUGACAAGUGUGAUUUAGGAGGAUCCAUAGGAAUUAAAAUAUUCAUAAUUUUCCAUUGGAGUAUCACUUAUAAGUAUGAAUCAUCGUGUUUUCAUUUGUCCAGCAUGAGAUCAGCAUUUAUGGUUGUGGGCCAUAUGCAGUAAUGCCCGAGUGUCAUGCCGCCAUAUUUUACAGAAGAGACAAGACACAGUUGUUCCCGAUAUGUUCCAGAACUGGAAUAUUACCAAACUGGAAUAUUUGAUAAUAUUCUAUUUUUUGUUUUCUUUUUUAUUAUAUAAUCUGUAUUUCUUCUACACAUCUAAUAAGGAAGUGGUAUACAGUUGCUUGUGAUCUGCAGCCUCACCACUAAACCCUAUGUGGUCCUUGAGGAAGAUUCAAUUAUUGAAGAGUCUCAUUGUCAUGGAUCAUUUAUGCUGUUGUAUAGAUGUUAAGGCAGUGGGAACAACAAGCAACAAGUCAUAAAGAAGUAACAUUCUCUUUGUUGUGGCUUUUAAUUUAACAGCCUUUUGAACUAUUCAAAUAAUAGCUAUAGAGCACUACUGCUGUUUGGAUUUAUUGGUAACACUCACCCUUUUGCACAAAGAUUAUGAACAAAGUCAAUAGCAUCAUCUGCUAUCAGACCUACUACACUAGGUUGCUGGUGAAGCCAGACUAUGGACAAAUUUCCGACACACACAUUCUUACACAAAAGGCUCUGAUAACAAAGGAAAUGAAACCGUACAGUGUGUGUUAUGCAUUUAUUAUCAAGCCAUUUUGUUGUGUCUUUCAUGAAUGUCUGUUUAUGAUGUGUAAUUUAUAUGUGAGUGUAUCAGCAGGUUCUAUUCCAAGGUGCAAUUGGAAAUUUCCAGAGUUCGGCCUGAGUUAAACUGAGCCACUAUCCUUUAAUGGUCAGCACCCUUUGAAGCACUGUGAGCAUUCCUGACUACUUGUGUGUGCUCAUUUGCAAUUUCACCAUGGAUCCAAGAUUGAACUAAGAACAAACAUUAGUUUGAACAGAGUGUGUGCCAAAUGUUAUGUCAAGGAUUGAGAGCUGGUUUUCCCACUAUUAACCUUCACCACAACAUUAAGUGUUGUGGUUUCCUUGACUGACAGCUCAUUAGUGCAAGAUUCUAAUCAGUUCACAUAAUGCUGACUAUUGGGAAAAUAGUAAACCUUUCUCUUCUUCCUAAAGCCUCCCCUGCUAACUUUUGAUUAGCAACCUCGUCACAUCUUACAGAUCCCUUCUUGAACUAAACCUGAUCUUAGUUGUGCGAUAGUUUUAAAGCCCUAAGUAUAUUUCUACUUCUACUGCUAAGGGAAUGUUAAUUUCUAAUUCAAGAGACAGCCAACUAGAACCUUACACCUGCAAUGUGGUUAGACACACAAUCUGUAUUUUUACACCACUGACGCCUCAUUAAUGAAUGAGACUACAGUGUCCAAGGCCAAAGGCAGUACAUCAGGUCAGAAGCACAACAAGUAGCAUUUUUUUUUUAGUUUGGAGUGGUGCACCAUUAAUAUUUAACAGAGCUAGUCCUAGCUGUAGCAUCAUCUUGUACAGCUGCAAUUUAUUUAUUUAUUUGAUUUAUUCUUCUUUGUGUCAACAUAAGCUGUGACUCAUCAGCCAUCAUACUAACCUGUUUUGGGUUCGACUUUCCCUAAAACUAAAUUUCAGGCUGCUUGAUUUUAUAAUCAAGGGCACUGUGCAUCCGACUAACAAUAGUCAGAAUGCUCAAAGUAGCUGGAGCACUGAAAUACCCUUCACACAGAAACUUUAGAACUUACAAGUCUUCAAGUUUCAAGUUUUGCAACCCCAGACAUUAAUUCCAUUUCCUUCAGACCCCUAAUUUCUCAUGAUUUUUUCUUAUUCCUGCCAAAAAUGUGUUUGCUCCAAUUAUCUUUGGAUUAACUGAAAUUGGGCUGGCUCUUGUUCCCUCCUACUGAUCUUGGCAGUUUAUGAAUGUGCUGUGCAAAGGUAGGUGCUUAAAUUCUACAAAGUAGCAGUUAACUUAAAUAAAUUGCAGUAAACAGAAUAAAACUAAAAUCAAUCUCUGGUUUUGCUACCAUUUUCCACCAAAACAGCACCAAUCUUUUACACUUUAAGCUAACUGGCAUCAUCCAAAUAUUUCUAAGAACCUACCACAGUUCACUUCUUUGUCUUCUUUAAUCCUAUUGAUAGACAUGAUGAAGCCAUACAAUUUCAAAGAAACUGCUCAUCUAUGUAUGGGUUGCUCUUAGUUAACAUUUAAAUACUUUACUGCAGUAUUUUAUAAAUGCGCAAGUUGCAAGAUCAAGGUUUUGUCCUUUUUGAGGAAAAAAAACAAAUCUAAACAUCCUUUGCACACUUGUGUGUGUACACAUAUUAGCAUGAAUUAUGGUGAACAAAACUAUAUGGAGUAUAUGAUGGAUACAUCGUCAGAAUAAGGAUAUUAUUAUAAGUGAGUAAUAGAACAGCAUUUUUUCUCGACAAGACUGACAAAAAAAACUAAACUUUGAGAGAGUCACAACCCCUGUUCCUACCAUUUUCUUAUGUUGUUAUGUAACAGAAUUCAGCGGCACCCUAUAAGAAUUUCCAUGUCUGUAUGGGUGUGAAUAACAAAACAUAUACAGAAGACUUCUAUUUGUCAACGUUUCUCUGUCUAAUACAUGUAUGUGCAAAAAAUGUCCACUACUUCUGGGCAUACACUGUUUCAGAGGUGUGUGUGUGUUUGUGUGUAUGUGUCUCUCUGUGUGUGUGUGUGUGUGUGUAAACUAAUUUGUGUACAUUUCAUUGUACAGUAGUGAGGUUUUAAAGGAUUGUGGGCCUUUAUAUUUUUAUUUCCAAAAACCGGAAAAGGCUUAAAAUAGUGUAAACUCAACACACAUACAAAAAAGGGACAUUUACUUCUCUCCAAGCACUUACUGCUGAAUAUAAAGCACACUGUUGAAUACCAUGCACUGUAAGUAUUUUCAUGUACAAUGGAACAAACUUUUGUAAAGCAACAAAAAAUGAAAAUGCUGAGAAAAGCCUUCUGA